GGUUCCGCUAUCUCAGUCCACAAGCGGCAGCUCGGAGUUGAAAAUGUCUGAACCCACGGUAGCUGACACCCGCCGGCUAAACUCCAAACCGCAGGACUUGACCGAUGCCUAUGGGCCGCCUAGCAACUUCCUCGAAAUUGACGUUUUCAAUCCACAGACUAUCGGUGUCGGCAGGACCAGAUACACUACUUAUGAGCUCCGGAUGCGGACCAACCUCCCCAUCUUUAAAAUGAAGGAUUCCUGUGUGAGGAGAAGGUACAGCGAUUUCGAAUGGUUAAAGAAUGAGCUGGAAAGAGACAGCAAGAUCGUAGUGCCCCCGCUGCCUGGGAAAGCCCUGAAGAGGCAGCUCCCCUUUCGAGGGGACGAGGGGAUCUUUGAGGAAUCCUUCAUCGAGGAGCGACGGGUGGGCCUGGAACAGUUCAUCAACAAGAUAGCUGGGCACCCCCUGGCGCAGAACGAACGCUGCCUGCACAUGUUCCUGCAGGAGGAGACCAUCGACAGGAACUACGUCCCGGGAAAAGUACGCCAGUAGGGGGCGCGCUCCCCCUUAGCUCUUUUCUUCCAUUCCACUCUUACUCUCGUGCAAAGUAACAUUUAUUUUUACACUCAGAUUAUAUGUAUAAAAGCAGCUUUCACUUCUGCAUUUCUUACAUUUGUUCUCUUUGUAAUCCCAUUAUAUUGGGAAGCAGUAUUAUGGGGGAUUUGCUUGAAUCUUAUUUCUUUUUUCAAUUUUGCAAGUAUAGUUUAAAUAAGUGAUGGGUGUUGGGUGGGAGUGUGGAUGUAGUGCUGAGAGAGAGGGUGGGAGGCAGUGUGGGUUUGUGGUUAUAGCGGGAGGACUGGCUGGGAGGCAGUGUGGCUCUCUGGUUAGAGUAGAGGAAGUGUGACCUCAUGACUAAUAAUAUUUUAAGCAAUGGAGCGUUUUUAUGGGCUUCACUGCACAGGCCUUGCAUAGAUGCUAGUGUUCAGAGCUGGGGAAUGGAAGGGAAUUCUGAUUUUCAAAUCUAUAGCUUUUGCCUCUUGAAUUAAUAAUCUGCUCCUGCAAGUCACUGCGCCCCCCUCAAAGCCCUAUUCUACUCAAAGAUUUAUUAAUGUAUACAUGCAUGACCUGGUCGUACACUAGGGGGCAGAAUGUGGAGCCAAAAUCAAAUUUUGGGAGGGUUACUUACAGCUGCUACCCACCCAGCUGUCCCAGAAAGGGUAGGAGAUUAGAAAAGUAAUGGGUGACCUCAAAGAGUACAGCAGAAGAACUCCAGCUCCACAUCACCCAGCGAUCAUGCUGCUUUUCAUCCCUAAUUUACAGAAGGGAUGGAGGUAGGAUGUUGCUGCCCUCACACUGAAUCAAGGGUCUUCAGCUUAGAAGGGCAUGGUACUACUAAUGUGCUGUUUCAGUUUCUCUAGCUUAGUUCUUACAUCCCAAAAUCUACCUCUGAACAGUUCAACCUUCACUGAAUCAAAUAAGUAAAUGUUAUUUAAUUUCAUUUUGAAUCUGUAGCCCCAGUGAUCCAGAGAAGCUGUGCAUUCCACCAGGUCCUAGCCGUUUGUUUUAUUGCAAGUCUCAUCACGAUAAAGCCAACGCUGCCUCAACACAGGUGAACCAACAAGCUACACUCAGCUCUCUUUGUGUUUGUAUGUACAUGUAAAUACUGUAUAUAUCUAUAUCAACUGCUUGAACAUUAGCAAGAUGCAGCAACACAAACAGGGUGUGUGUGCGCAUGCAGCGAUGCUUGGGAGACUGCAUUUUGCUAAAUCUGGAUGAAAUUCUCAGCUGACUUUAAAAUGGUUUGUUUGCUCACAGCUCUUAAUAAUGUGUGUUACCAAUCUAACAUUGAGACAGCUAGGUGGGACAGCAGGUAAGCUGUCUACCACUUUACCCACCACCACUGGCACCACCUGUAGUGCGUGUAUUAACAGCAGAGUUGUGUGCUUCUGUCGGCGCACGUGCACACUCGCUCGCACAAGAGUCUGAUUCAGAGCGUACAUGGGCUUUGAGGUUCAGUGAACACAAUGUUCUUUUACAAAAACAUAUUAGAAAAAAAAAAAAACAUGUCUAUAUGACCCAAUUCCCAGCCCUUUUUCAGUAUGACAACAGCAGCCGCUGGUGAUAAUGGUUAAUAAGGAAGCUGCAGAGAUACGUUGUCGGACAGCAGUAUUUUCCACUUUAUUGUUCACCUUCCCUGUUAAUUCAGAAGCAGCUCCACUUACUCCACCCCACCCCCGUUUUGGUUGGCAUUCUUGAAGUUGGGGUGUAAAGUGCUAAAGAAAUGGGAAUGCAUUAGAAUGAGAGACGCUAAACCUUUAUGUGCAGAUCUUUAAAAUAGUUUUUUUGUUUGUUUUUGUAACUGACAUGUUGCUCAAUAUUUUGUUAGUUUCCUUAAUGGGGUUUUAUUAUUAUUAUUAUUAUAUCUCAUAUUCCAUUAUAUUUUUGAAUGUUUUGCCUAAAAAGAAAUCCAUGAAUCUCCCACCACUAAGGGGUCAUAACCUUUUAGAGUGACCCCCUGCCUUUCAGUUCUGGAGUAGGUUUAGAAAUCCUGUGACUUCAUUGGUGCUCAAAGCUGCUUGUCUGAUUUGAUUUGUCACUGUAGUGCCCAAUCGAUCUUCAGUAACCCUUUAUUACACAAAUAAGAAAGAGACAUGUCUUCCUGAAACCUCCCACCACAUUUUGAUUUCCACAAACAGAGACUGAGUACAUUUUAUAUAAAAACAUGCUUGUGUUGCAUUAUCCUUUAUAUAUAAAUAUUUACACUGUAGUAUUAUUUAGCUACUUUUCACAUAUGUAACUGCUGUGAAAAUUAGCCUGGGCUUCAGUAAAUAAAAUAAAAGUAAUGUCUCUGAUCUGAUGUCAAGAGAAAUGUCAUGUCAAAUACUCAUGUUCAUAUAAACCACUGUGAAAACCA